AUGAAAAUUAACGGAAACUUUCAAAUCAUACAUCAUUCGGCUCAGUUUUAUGAAUAUGAUACGAAUAUACUACUUUUAUUGCAUAAAAAAUCUAUUGGUGGUCUGGCCACAAAAACAAAAGUAUUAAUUGGUCUUGGUAUAUUCUUGGUGUGUGCAACAGCCGUAGCUGUACCAGUUGGUGUGAUUUUUGGUAGAUACUCUAGCCUAGCAUCUACUAGUACGUCGUCUUCCUCAUCAACAGCAGCAUCCAUUAGUGCCGCGACCACUACUGCAGCAGGGUGUGCCACAGCAAAUAUGAAUGCAUAUCAGCUGUCUACAAGUCUCCCUACACAAUGCACGACAGUUUACACCGGAAGUAGUCCUCCUGCAGUUGGCACCGAUGCUAUAACUGAUCCAUGUAGUGGCAGCUCACAACCAUCAUCACCAUAUAUGGCGGCUGCCUCACCUGCGCCUACAACAGACGGUCUUUGUUUUGCAGAUGCUGAUGGUGUGAAUCAGUAUUAUGUUUAUUCUGGUAAUUGCUAUUAUACAUGUAAUUCCGACGCGGAUUGUGGACAGGAUGGUGUGUGUAUUCAGACAGGCAGUGGUGCGAGUGGAUGUGCUGGUAGUACUAAUGUCUGUGGUAUAAUUGCAACUGGUACAAAUUGUGGAUUAACGUUGACACCAGGAUGUGCACCUACAAACACAACUCCAGGAACAAACGGUUCGGCUUUUGGUGGUGGUUGUUUUCAUGGUGAUGAUCGUGUUAUGUUGGUUGGUCAUACACGUUUUGAAAAACAAGAAAAGAAGAUUUCUGAACUUAGAGUUGGUGACCGAAUAUAUUCGAUGAACAGAAAUACAUUUGAACUCAAAGAAGACGAGGUGAUAAUGAUCGUACAUACUGAAUCGCAAAGUGCUGAAGAUGAUAUGUCCGUACAUUACCUGACCGCCGAUCAGUUACGUGUGUUUGAACAUUCCGUGUUUAUUUCCUCAUCGCCACACCCGUCAAAUACUGUUCAAAAAAUUAAAUCCAUCAAAAAAUCGUACAAAGCUGGUGUCUAUUUACCAGUAACAUUGAGUGGUGAAAUUUUAGUUAAUGGUAUUUCUGCAUCGUGUUAUGCAAAUCCCGGCUUUUAUUUCCCAAUAACCCAUCAAUUGUUACACAAUGCUCUGUUACCAUUUCGUCUAUGGUAUAAAUUAUCUUUAGCAAAAUUAUUUUGGAUAGAUGAUAAACAAGAAACAGUGGAACACGAAGGUGUAAAUUGUCUUAUUAAAUGGACAAUUGAACACGAAAUUUUUAUUCGAAUUGUUUAUGGUACGGUUGUUGGAUCAAUUGUUUAUAUUAAUACAGAAUUACUAGUACAAAUCAUCGAUUUUUCACAUUUACUAAUUCGUAAAAAACUUCAUUCGUAUUAG